AUGGGUUCAAGAGUUUGGUUCAAGAAUAUAAUUAGCAAAAAGAAAGUGAAAGGAGAUGGAUCGCAUAAGCUGAAGAGAUAUUCAGCACCCGGACGAAUAAAUGGCAAUAAAGAAGAUCCCUGCUCGGUAAAAGAGUGCACAGUACUAGUCAAUGGUGUCCCUGCAGAUAAUCAGAGUCUCUCCAAGGAAUACUUUGCUGCUGUCCGGAUUCAGACAGCAUACCGAGCACAUGUGGCUAGGAAAAAAUUCCGCAAAUUGAGAGGACAGUCACGGCUACAGAAAUUUAUGCAACAUGAUUCAGUGAAAAAGCAAGCCUCGUCCACUAUGAGUCAUCUGCAUGCAUGGACUAAGGUUCAAGCUCAGAUUCGAGCACGUCGAGUUCACAUGGUUGCUGAAGGUCAGCUCAGGCAGAAAAAGAUGGAGAAUCAAUUGAAGCUAGAAGCCAAGCUUCAUGAUCUUGAGGUCGAGUGGACAGGUGGCGCUGAAACAGCCGGCCAAGCUCUUGCGAAAAUUCAUCAGAGAGAAGAAGCUGCUGUUAGGCGCGAACGAGCCAUGGCAUAUGCCUUUACCCAUCAGUGGAGGGCCAACUCGAGCCCGGGUUUUGGGUCAACCAAUCUCGAAUUUAGUAAGGAAAAUUGGGGAUGGAGCUGGAAGGACAGGUGGAUUGCUGCUCGGCCUUGGGAAAGCCGGCUCCCGGUGAAAGAAAGUCCCAAAAAAGCAGCACAACAUCGCCCGCCGAACAAAAUUUCCCCUACAUUCAAAGUCCCCGAGAAAGUCAAGUUAGUCUCGCCUAAUGGUAAGGCCACCAGAAAAACCGGAAAACUGUCCUAUGAGGCAGCUGAUAAAAGUAAAACAGCUGCUCAGAAAGUGAAACCCAAAGCUGAAGAGGCAAAACUAAGAUCCUAA